AGUAUGAAUGCACAAUGUUUUCUUGUCUUAUGUUGCCUUAUUGCGAUGAGUUUCGGAUUCUUGGAUCCUGUGCAAGUCCCUGAUAAAAAUGAAGCAAAUCGCGCAAGAAACUUCAUAACUGAAAAAAUAAAAAGCAGAUACCCACGUGCCAGUUUUCUUUCAAAAACUAAUCCACCAACAUUUGUAAAUGACCUGGAGAGCGAGUUCGUUUUUCACGAAAAUGGGAAUAUUAUUAAGUGCAUUUACUGCAUGUUGUAAUUAUUUAUUUUUUCAUUUAAUACAUUUUUUUAUGAAU